UCAUAUCAGAACUAACAAUAACAGGAAUAAUGUAUAUUCUCCUUAUUCAAAUUCAAGGACUAUUAAUGGUGUUACAAAACAAAAGAACAAAGAGACUCGGUUUUCAACUGAGAUCAAGAAAUCGAAUAAUCCUACUGCAUCACGUGCAAAACAGGGCUCGCAACGUGGCUCCUUGCUCGGCCGAGCCAGGGAGAGGGCGGUGGAAGUUCUGGACACACUUGGAAGCAGCAAUUCUGUUUCAUUUACUCUCUGAAGAAAACAUUCAGUUCCUUAAAAAAGAGAUCUUUCAAUCAGAAGGAGUUCAAAAAUUGGUUUCUACUGAUACAAAAGAGUUACUAAGUAUUGUUGAGGCUGACAAAAGGGAAGAAUUCAAUGCCUUCUCCAAGGAAGUAGUUAGAUUUGGAAAUAUGUGCAAAGAACAUCAGUGGCAUAACCUUGAUAGAUUUUUCUCAAGAUUAGGUGUGGAUGUCUUGAGCAAUAAAGACCUUAAGCUAGAGGCAGAAAAGACAAUGCAGGAGUUGAUCACACUAGGUCACAAUACUGCUGAAUUGUACCAUGAGUUAAGUGCUUAUGACCGUUUUAAACAAGAUUAUCAAGAAAAGGUUAAGGAGAUGGAGUUCUUAAAUCUUCCUUUAAAAGAGUGAGCUAAAGCAUCAAAGAAAGAUUGUGAAGAACUUGCAAAGGAAAUCUCUCUGGUCCAGAAAUUUGGAGGAGCAGGUACAACUGUUCUCAAAGACUAGGUGAAGCUGGUCUUGCAUUGCACUAUGCUAACAUUAUCAAUCAGAUAAAUAUGAUUGGACACAUUAUAUCAUGGAUUGCCCAAUAGUAUUAAGAGUUGCAAAAUAUGGAUAUCACUAAAGAGGAAUAAUAAUGAGUUUGGUGACAGCACAGCCAAGGAGAGUAAUCUAUAUAUACAUAAACACAAAAUACUAGGUUUAUAGUGAUCUUAUUAAUUAAUUA